GACUGCUACAGAAGAGCCUAAGCAGAAGAAAAUGAAGACAGACGACGGUAGUGCUGAGACUGUCGUCGAGGACAAGUCUGAUAGGCCCAAGAAAGAGAAAAAGGACAAGAAGGAUAAGAAAGCGAAGAAGGCGGAGAAAGCGAAGGAGGACGCACCAGCUGUGGUCGAGGCCGCGUCGGCUGCUCCUGAGCCUAGCUCGAGCAUGAAUAUCGAUGUCCCUCAGCCGUCCGAAGGCAAGAAGAAGAAGGAUAAGAAGAAGAAACAUGCUGCAGAGUCUUCCGAGCCUGCGGCAAAUGGCGCGACCGAAGGUGUGCCAGAGACCAGCGGCGAGCCGUUAAAGAAGAGCAAGAAGCGCAAGCACAAGGAGACAGACGAGCAAAACCCAAAUGCGGAUUUGGGGGCCAAGUCAGCGAAGGAGAAAAAGGAGCACAAGGAGGAGCAGCCCGAGGACAAGGCUGCGGCACCAACGAACGUCGGCGAGCCGGAGCGCAAGAAGAAACGCAAGAAGGAUGAUGGUGCUACGGAGGUGAGCGCCAUGGGCGAUAGUACGAACGACGAUAAGGCAGCGUCAAAAAAGGCGAGGAAGGAGAAGAAGAAAAGGGAGAAGGCGUUAGCGGCAGCGGCGACGGCUUGAGGGCUAGGUUGACCCUCAAGCGGCUUGGCGAUCUACCUAGGGUGCAUAUCUUGUGUAGGAGUAGCUGGGAAUCUAUGCAUCUCUACUAGGUA